GACGCAGCGCGCGGUGACGCGCUGACGUGUGCGGCGCAGCCAUGGCGCCGCGGCGGCCGGCGGAGCUGUACCGGGCGCCGUUCCCGCUCUACACCGUGCGGCUGCACCCGCGCCGCCCGCUCGCCAUCACCGCCGGCGGCGGCGGCGCCGCCAAGACCGGCAUCCGCAACGGCGUGCACUUCCUGCAGCUGGAGCAGAUCGGGGGGCAGCUCAGCGCGUCCCUCCUGCACUCGCACGACACCGAGACCCGCGCCACCAUGACCAUGGCGCUGGCCGGCGACAUCAUCGCGGCGGGGCAGGACGCCAGCUGCCACAUCCUGCGCUUCAGCCUGCAGGCGCCCGAGGCCCCGAGCGGCUCCGCCGGCCGGAACGGCAGCGGGGAGAAGGGGCCGCGCAAGCGGAGAGGCCCCAGCCCGGCGGGGCAGAGCGACACGCAGCGCCAGACGAGCGAGGUGACGGUGGAGAGCCUGCACAGCGUCCGCACGGAUUUCAGCCCCGACGCCCUGCAGAAGGCUGUUCGCUUCAACGCCGACGGCUCGCUGCUCGUCACCGGCGGGGCCGAUGGCUUCCUCCGCCUCUGGGAGUUCCCCAGCAUGAAGAAGACACUGGAGUUUAAGGCCCACGACGGGGAGAUUGAAGAUAUCGCGCUGGGCCCUGACAACAAGGUGGGUGUCGGGUGGCUCCCCGGCCCUGCAGGGAGAGCUGUCCCUGGACACCCGCGCUCUGUGCAGGUGGUGACGGCAGGACGGGACUUCCAGUGCUGCGUGUGGCAGCAGGACCAGCUGGUGACGGGGCUGCGCUGGAACGAGAACCUGCCUGGCAUUCCCGACAAGGCGUACCGCUACCAGGCCUGCCGGUUCGGGGCCGUGGAGGACAAUGCCGGGGCCCUGCGGCUCUACACGGUGCAGGUCCCCCACAAGCGGGAGCGCCGCCCCCCGCCCUGCUACCUGACCAAGUGGGAUGGGAAGAGCUUCCUGCCGCUGCUGACGCGGCCCUGCGGCACCGAGGUGAUCUCCUGCCUCUCCAUCAGUGACUCGGGCACCUUCCUGGGGCUGGGCACGGUGACCGGCUCUGUCGCCAUCCACAUCGCCUUCUCGCUGCAGAGGCUGUACUACGUGAAGGAGGCGCACGGCAUCGUGGUGACAGACGUGGCCUUCGUCCCCGAGAGCCAGCGCGGGCGGGAGCUGCUGGCGGGGAAUGAGGCCGCCCUGCUCAGCGUGGCCGUCGACAGCCGCUGCAAACUGCACCUGCUCCCCAGCCGACGCUCCCUCCCUGUCUGGCUGCUGCUGCUGCUCUGCGCCGGGCUCAUCGUGGCCACCAUCCUGCUGCUGCAGCUCGCCUUCCCGGGCUUCCUGUAGCCCCCUGACCCCCAGCGCCAGGACUGGACCCCCCAGCGCCAGGACUGACCCCCAGCGCCGGGACAGCCCCCCAGGCCGGGCUGUGCCCCAGCCCCCCAGCAGACUGUGAAGCAGAGGGCCUGGUCCUGCCGCCCCGCUGGCACUCGGGGGGCAGACGCGGGGCCUGGGGGUGCGCGGGGCCCAGCCCGGCAGGACUGCGGUGGCUGCGGUGUGGGGCUGGCCCCGGGGAGGGCGUCCUGCCGGCCCUCCCCCAGCUGCUGCCAUUAAAUCUGGAGUGCGAGGGCA